AUGGGACUGAGGCACUCGCGUUGCCUGCUCCUUCGGAGAAAAAUGGCGGAGCCGGACAAUUCUGAGGUAUGUCAGUUCGCUGUUAAAUGAUCCAAGGAGUGACAUAUGCUGGUCAAAAUAUUUCGUUAUAUUGAUAUAAUCGAUAAUAAUAAAUUAAUGAUGGUUCUGUUGAGUUAUUUUGUAUUGUCUUUGUCAGUUUUGAAGUAAUCAAGAUUGUAUCGACUACUGGUGUCUGUAAAAAGCAAUGCAGACACAUACUACGUUUAGUUGUUUUUGUAAAUUGAUAUGGCAUAUGUCCCGUUAAAAUAUUACAGUUGCAAAGAUAUGCGAUGUAUAAAUGAUCUGUAGUGGUUAGUGGGUGCGCUGUCCUUGGUGCUGAUUCCACUAUCCGUUCAGCACAAUCUGUAGCAUGGACUCCUGCUGAUCUGAAAACGGGUAGAUGCGUAACAUGAUGUAAUCUAGCCUACCAAGUGACCUCCAAUGCAUUCUAAGUAAUUCACUGUAUUUGUAAAUAGCACAUUUUGCCAUUUAAUGCUAUAACAAAUUGUUUUGCAUCAAGGUGCACUGUAUUGAAAGCGAUUUCUUACAGCAAACAGAUCCAGUUCUGUUGCUCUUCUCUGACAAUGUUAAAAUGUCCUACUCUCUUCAAAUACACCUUCACUCAAUUUUGUCUGUCCCUAAUUCUCUCUCUCUCUCUCUCUCUCUCUCUCUCUCUCUCUCUCUCUCUCUCUCUCUCUCUCUCUCUCUCUCUCUCCCAUCCCUUCCCACAUUGUCUAUCUUUAUUUCUGUCUGUCUUUAUUUGCUCUAUCCCUACCUUUCUCUCUAUCUUCAUAUUCCCUAUUUCUCUCUGCCUCACCCCCUCCUCUCUCUUAGCAGCAGCGUACCAUCACUGCCCCCCAGUCCCAGUCCUUUCAACCCGCCUCCUUGCCCAAACCUGUGCCUACCGUCCACCAUGUGCCGCACCCUCCACAUACACCCCAUGUAGCGGCCCUGCCCACCUGCCCCGGGCGCGGCAAGAUGGCAAAGCUGCUCAACCCGGAGGAAAUGACAUCACAGGACUACUACUUUGACUCCUAUGCCCACUUUGGCAUCCAUGAGGUAGGUAGGGGUCUCAUCCAUGAAGUAGGUAGGGGACUCACCCAUGAGGUA